CAAAUAUCAAACAUCACAAUUAGGUCCCAUCAACAUUUCAUCUCUCUCGUAGAAGUGAAGAGCCACCGUGACUCGAAAAAUAUCUGAAACCAAAUCAAUCUUUAGAUGAACACGUAUCCCUCGUCGUCGCUCUCUCUCAACGCCUAGUGGUUCGUUUUACCGACUAAUAAGAUGUGGCGAAGAUCCGCCGUGUCUCGCUUCUCCUCCUCGAGGAUCUCUCUGUCUUCUCCUUCUUCUUCUUCGUCGCCAAACCCUAGACUGAUCCCUUGGUCCCGCGAACUAUGCGCCGUCAACAGCUUCUCCCCCCAGCCUCCGAUCUCCUCUGAACCAACCGCAAAGCUAGCGGACGGAUCCGAUCCCAAUCGAGCUCUCACCACAGCCGCCACAUCGAGAAUCGCGGCCGCGGCUGGAUUAGGUCAACACUACGCUCGUUGCUAUUGGGAGCUUUCGAAAGCUAAACUCAGCAUGCUCGUGGUUGCGACAUCUGGCACUGGUUACAUCCUCGGCACGGGGAACGCUGCGGUUGACUUAGCGGGGCUUUGUUACACGUGUGCUGGCACCAUGAUGACUGCUGCUUCUGCUAACUCCUUGAAUCAGAUUUUCGAGAUAAGCAAUGAUGCUAAGAUGAAGAGGACGAUGAAAAGGCCGUUGCCUUCGGGACGUAUCGGUGUUCCGCAUGCUGUUGCGUUUGCUACUAUCGCUGGUACUUCUGGUGCUUGCUUGUUGGCUAGUAAGACUAAUAUGAUGGCGGCUGGACUUGCAUCUGCUAAUCUUGUUCUUUACGCGUUUGUUUAUACUCCGUUGAAGCAACUUCACCCUAUCAAUACUUGGGUUGGGGCUGUUGUUGGUGCCAUCCCUCCUUUACUUGGGUGGGCUGCGGCUUCUGGUCAGAUCUCACUCAACUCGUUGAUUCUUCCAGCUGCUCUUUAUUUUUGGCAGAUUCCUCAUUUUAUGGCCCUUGCACACCUUUGCCGUAAUGAUUAUGCAGCUGGAGGUUACAAGAUGCUGUCGCUGUUUGAUCCUUCAGGGAAGAGGAUAGCAGCAGUGGCUCUUAGGAACUGCUUUUACAUGGUCCCACUCGGUUUCAUUGCCUAUGACUGGGGUUUGACAUCGAGCUGGUUUUGUCUCGAAUCAACACUUCUCACAAUGGCAAUCGCUGCUACCGCUUUUUCAUUCUACAGACACGGGACCAUGGAGAAAGCGAGGAAGAUGUUCCACGCCAGUCUUCUCUUCCUUCCUGUUUUCAUGUCUGGUCUGCUUAUACACCGCGUCUAUGAUGAGGAAAAACAACCAGUCCUAGAAGUAGCCGGUUUACCGAACUCUGUAACCGAUGAAGUGAAAUCUCACAGAAGAAAGAAACGUGCUGCACAGCCUCCUGUGGCUUAUGCUUCUGCUGCACCAUUUCCUUUCCUCCCAGCUCCUUCCUUCUAUUCACCAUAAAGCAAGCUCUUAAAUUGUUGAGGAUACACACAUCACAAGUGAUGAAUAUUGUGAAAUUGUUUUUGAGUUACAUCUUUGGUAAUAAGGAAGUGGAGAGAACACAUACUAGAGAUUUAUGUAAUUUUGGAUCCACAAUAUAAUUUGUUUUUCAAUGUUUA